AUGCUGCUCAUCGAGCUUCCCCCGGAAAUCCUCGGGGAAAUCAUCCGUCACUACGUCAAUGAUGUCGGCGUCGCCACGGCAUGGAAAACCCGCGACGUUUGCGACAAGUUCAAAGUCUCCAUCACGUACGAAAUCCUUGCUAAGCAGCCCGAGAGUUCUUUUCUGGGUCGACGCUGGGACAAGGGGAGUCAAUAUGUUCUGAGGCAAAAUCUCGGAAGCUACAUUCGCUAUCGCAUGCAGCAUCCCCAUGGUGCUCGAUCUUUGGUGCCCGACUUCGUGCGCACUGUUGUUAGCAAGCUCAUGGCGGCUUGCGGCAAAAGUGACGCCGCUACCCGUGAAGCGUACACUGACAUGGUCAUCAACCUUAUCGUGGGGAACUCCGAAUCCGUCUAUACUGCCAUUACCGCACCGCUCGGCACUAGUACUUUCGACAGUGCCAGCAAAGAAUUCACUGGUGAUGCCAUCAAUUCUACGGCAUUCGACGCCGCCGCAUUUCUAGGCAAUCUCGAAGCGGUACGCGUGCUGCUCCCAAAUGUCCGCGUACAGGGACGGGAAUAUUCUGCUCUGGGCCACUCACUUUCCUUGCCCGCGCUUAAAGGCCACAUCCACAUCCUUAAAGCGGUUCUUAAGUAUCGGAUCGAAAGGGGGGAAACUCUAAACAAAUACAUGGUGAGGCAGGCCAUCGACGUCGCAGUGAAAAAUCGUCAUACAGGAUGCGCCACCUUCCUACUCAACGUCUACACGAAGUACUGUCAAACAAGCAGGAUGAAGGAUAGCUACGUCUUUAACGCCUUUAACUACGCGCUGCGUCUCGGCCUCAACUCCAAAAACGAACAGCUGAUGGUGGCUGCGUUUAGGGUAAAGUUCGGGCGCGGCCUCGUGGCCCUCUACCUCGAUGCUUGGGACCACGUCAUCUGUUCGGAGAACUGGUUCAGCGCGAAGUUCCUCGUUGAACACGGCUUAAUCAAUCCAAAUCAGGAGUAUCGUACCGACUGGGUUGACGACCUUUACGCAGAGUGGGAAACGCCGUUGACGGUGGCAGUGAAGACGGGGCAGCCCGACCUUGUGCAGAUGCUUCUGGAUCCAGGGGGGGAUCCGAAUGGCAGUCCUGGAAUGAGGCACAAGCCGCACUGGGAUGCGGUGCAGAACGAAUAUUGGGACAUUGUGGUUGAGUUGGUCAAGCGCGGAGCAGAGGAAGGGUAUGACGAUCCGGUAGACGAGAGUGGUCACUGUGUCUACGAAAACUACAAUGGCAGUGAGAGGAAGCAUCUCAAAAUCAGGCCCAUGAUAGAGCCAGGGCCGACGCAAGAGGAGCUAUUCCAUGAUGCACCGGACUCGUGCAAGGCGGGAUAA